AUGGCAAUUCGAAAAAAAACACCACCUCACAUUCCAGGCUUUGAACAUUUACAUUCCGAUAUCGUACUAAUUCCAGGAUACCGAGGCUCAAAACUAUACAAUCCAAAAACCAAAACUACAACUUGGUUAAAUUUACAGAUUCCACUUUCACCUCAUAGCAAGGCAAAUCUUGAUCUCCCGUUACAAAUCAAAGAUGAACCAGAUCGAUUUAUUCCCCGUGGAAUAUUUAAAAAGAUCGCGUUUUAUAAAUUUUACAAUUCUUUAAUAGAGCACAUGGAUGCUCUGUCUUCUCAAACAAAUCCACCAUCCUUUAAAUUUCACAAAUUUAGUUAUGAUUGGAGACGUAGCAAUCAAGUGACCUCGGAUAUAUUCCUAGAAUAUCUAAAAAAAAUUUAUGCAACGAAUGGAGAAAAACCUAUUUAUAUAUUUGCUCAUUCAAAUGGCGGUCUAAUAGCUUUAUCUGUAUUACAUCGUGCGCCACACUUAAUUGCCGGUGUAAUAUUCGCUGGGACACCGUUCGGCGGCGUUCCCGGGAUAUUCCACGAAUUUAAAUUUGGAAGCCCAGUGCUGUUUAAUAAAAAACUCCAGGAUCCAACUACCAUAUUUACUUACCGAACUGCAUUUCAAUUGAUGCCUAUAAAAUGUAACGCUUUUAAAAAUCCAAUAAAUGGUAAGAAUCUUUAUGUAGACUAUUUCGAUUCGAAUGAAUGGUUGAAUAGUGAAUGGAGUGAUGUCAUAUUCGAAGAUACGCCUCGAAAUUUGGCGAUCGGAACAAAAGAAGAGAGAAUCGCGUAUUUAGAAAGUGUCUUAGAGGAUACUAAGAAGUUUCAUGAUAGUUUAAAAUUCCAAGGCACAGAAUUUAAAUACCCACCGUUGGUGACUCUUAUUAGUAAUGUGCAUCAAUCUAAUGGAGGGUAUCCUAUUAAUAAGAACAAGAAUGGCAAAUGGGAAAUUGACUUUGAAGGAUUGGUACCUGUUAAAGGUGACGGAUCCGUCUCUGUUGAAAGUACGAAGUUACCUGAUGGGAUUCCUUAUGAA